AUGGCCUCGCGGGGUUUCAUCCGCGAGCCCGUGUUCUCGUUGGCUCUUCCCGCGGACUUGCUUUCAGAAGGGGAAAUAACUUUUGGGGGGUUCAAUUCCCACCACUUCUAUCCAGAAGCCAAGAUUGCCUGGUUUCCCCUCAUCUCGCAGAGUCGCUGGGAGCUGGGGCUGUGGGACGUGCGCGUGGACGAGGCCAGCCUGGGGCUGUGCAGCCCUCAGGCUCCCUGCAGCGCAGUGGUGGACUCGGGCACUGCGGGGGUCGGGGUUUCGGGGGAGUUUGCGGAGCAGCUUUUGAACAGGAUUGGGGCUUUUUCUUUUUGCAAUUCGACGGAAAAGUCCGAAAUGAAACGCCUUUCCUUCCUCCUGGCGCCUUUUCCCGGCGAAGACCCCACUGAGUUCGCACUGGACCCUCCCGAGUACUUCGACCCCUCCCGCUCCGUUGGCCCUUCCCCUGACUGCCCCGUGGCCUUCAUGCCUCUGCAGCUGCCCCCUGGCCAGGGCCACACGUUUGUGCGUCCACAGCGCAGCGCUCGCUGCUGCCACUUCAACUCAUUCUCUGGAAUUCAGGUCUUGGGAAACGUCUUCUUGCGAAAGCUCUACGCCGUCUUCGACCACGGGCGGGCCCGCAUUGGUGAGCCGCUUUUCACUGACAGCAGCCACUCCGGCUCAGGGAAAUGUCACUUCAGGAUUUGCAAAACGCCCCAACAGUCAACGACUCCCGCACACCUUCCAGGCUCCCCUGCGCCGCUACGGCCACAGCGCAAACAGCGAAACAGCUUUUGCCUGAACACCCUCCACGUGGUGAAACUCCUUCAAACUAUAAUAAAAAGACUUCCUCUUUUGUAUAAGACUAAACAGAUUCGCCGACGCAUUGUGGCCUUCCGCGAGCUACUCCACACACCAGAAAUUUUUUCCCCCAACGCACGAGAGGAAACCCCAAACACAUUCUUGAGUCUUUGGGCGAUUAAAUCCCUCAAAACGUUAAUAAAGCGGAGAGCUCAACUUAAGAAACUGCUACCUGCGAUAGGCAAAUGGCCUGCUACGGGCUGGCAGUUGGAGGCUGCUGGCCUGCACCUCGUGUCAGACGCUAGCAGGUUGAGCAGCUACUUCCAGAGUAACCAGCAGCAAAUAGAGGGAUAA